ACUAUAGCUAUAUAUAUUGUUGUGUGUGUACAUGUAUAUUCGCACAUUCGGAGUCUCUCGGCUCCUCGGCUCGUCGAGUGUAGUACCUUGGCUACAGUCGAGUGUGUCUGCGUGCGUCUACAACAUAAUGUACUUGUGUGCGUGCGUUAGUUAGUAUAUAGAGAGAAAUAGCAUAUACGUGCGUGAGUUGCUGCUGCUGUAGCUGUAGCUGGUGAGUUGCAGCCUGCUGUAGUGCUUUGCUGCUGGGCUGGCUCUAGUCUGUGUGCAGUGCGUGGUCGCGCUCCUGUAUAUGUACAUAUAUAAAUAAAAUAUAUAUAAACGUCGUGUAUAGGCCUCGUGUCGAUGUGUGCGUGCGUGCAAUUAUAAACAGCAGGAUCGGAGUCGUGUUCGAGGAGCGCAAAGUGUAGCGAUAGUUCGUAGUGUAUACAUAUCUGGCAGAUUAUCGUCAUCCUCGUUAUAUUAUCAUCAUUAUCAUCGUAAGCCAAAAAUCAAGAUGUCUACUCCAGGUGGUGGCGGUGGCCGGAGUCGAACUGUACACAUCAGUUCAAUAUUCCAGAAACUGCAGGGGCGCUUCACAGAAGUCAUGACACCACCAAAAAUGUCAACUGAUAAACGCAUGUUAGACAAAACGUGGAAGUUGAUGGACAAAGUAGUGAAGUUGUGUCAGCAUCAACGCAUGAAUUUGAAAAAUUCACCACCCUUCAUACUAGACAUUUUACCAGAUACGUAUCAAAGACUCAGGCUCAUAUAUAGUAAAUAUGAAGAUCGGAUGCAUGUGUUACACAAUAAUGAGCACUUUUGUGUGUUUAUUAAUAAUUUAAUGAGGAAGUGUAAGCAAGCAAUCAAGUUGUUCAAAGAAGGCAAAGAAAAGAUGUUCGAUGAGACAUCUCAUUAUCGAAGAAACUUGACAAAACUUAGUUUGGUGUUUAGCCACAUGCUCUCUGAACUAAAGGCAAUUUUUCCUAAUGGUGUAUUUGCUGGUGAUCAGUUUCGUAUUACCAAGUCAGAUGCUGCGGAAUUUUGGAAAGAACGAUUUGGAAACAGCACGUUAGUUCCAUGGAAGGUGUUCAGGCAUGAGCUCAAUCAAGUUCAUCCCAUCAGUUCAGGGCUCCAAGCGAUGGCCCUCAAAUCGACGAUUGACCUCACGUGCAAUGGUUACAUAUCCAAUUUUGAGUUCGACGUAUUUACUAGGUUGUUUCAGCCCUGGUCAACGUUGCUGCGCAACUGGAAGAUACUAGCCGUGACGCACCCUGGAUAUGUGGCCUUUUUAACGUACGACGAGGUCAAGGCCCGAUUACAAAAGUACUGCAUCUCCAAACCGGGCAGCUACGUCUUCAGACUGAGCUGCACGAGGCUCGGCCAGUGGGCCAUAGGAUACGUCACGUCUGACGGUGAAAUAUUACAGACUAUCCCGCACAACAAGAGCUUAUGCCAAGCUUUACUGGAUGGAUAUCGGGAAGGAUUUUAUCUUUACCCAGACGGGCGGAACGUCAAUCCCGACUUGACGUGGGCCGUUCAACCGACCCCUGAAGAACACAUCAAGGUCACGGCCGAGCAAUACGAGCUCUACUGCGAAAUGGGCAGUACGUUUCAAUUAUGUAAAAUCUGCGCCGAGCACGACAAAGACGUGAGGAUCGAACCUUGUGGUCAUUUGCUCUGUACACCAUGCUUGACUUCCUGGCAGGAUUCCGAAGGCCAGGGUUGUCCGUUCUGUCGAGCCGAAAUCAAAGGAACGGAACAAAUCGUGGUCGACCCGUUCGAUCCCCGCAGAACCCACCGUCAGGGUGCCCAGUCAGCGAGCGCGAGCAACGCCUCGACGCCCACGCAGGACCUAGAUCCCGAUACCGAGGCUAUUAUGGAGUUGAUCAACGGUAAUGGAGCAGGUAACGACACGGACGAUGAGGACGAUUCAGCCUCGCCGUCGACAUCACCCCAGUCGUCGCGCCGAGUCGUGCCGAGUCCACCUUUGCCACCGCGUCGUUCCUCGCCGUCUCCAACGUCCAAUGGACCUGUGGGGGUUGUCCCGGCGAGUAUACCGAUUCAUCAAUCUCAGCCGCCACCGCCAGUGCCGCCGCAGCAGCAGCAACAGCAACAACAACAGCAACAGCAGUCGUCGUCCCAGAGAAACGGCCACGUCCCGGUCAGGCAUCUAACAGUGCCCAAAGAGAACGCACCGCCGCCGCCGACGCUGACGGCGACGACCCCGAGCUCGAUGGCUCCGCCGCUACCCGCGAUAACGACUCCACAACAGCCCGCGCCUCCACCUGUUACGGUCAUUUUGUCCUCGAGUACCAACAACGAGCCAAACAACGUGAACAACAAAGCCAACGGCACCGAGUCGAGGUACGACAUGCUGCACCGAGCAUCGUCGCCGUCGCCGGUACCGCCGGCAGUGAUAAGGCCACAUUCGCGAUCGCAGCCGCAACUCGUGAAUCGAAAUCCUCCGGCUUUACCGGAAAAGCCAAGGCCUCCGAUGCAACAGCAGCAACAAUCAUCGGGCUCGACCGUACCACCCGCAGUGCCACCACCGCUGUCGGUUCCGAGACCGCCUAAGUCCAAUUCGGUUCAGAGCGGUGGCGUCAAGCAGGAUCAUUUGUACGAGAAUACGAUCAUGAUUCCCGGCACCAAGCAGCACGUCGUAAAAAAUAUUAAUUUAGACGUGAACAAAGCACGCAUAUCGAAUCUGAUGAAAGGCAAAGAUGAGAGUGGUCGACCAAUUCCAAAAUCGAACGAAUCAGCUGCUGCUUACGAGAAUAUUAACGUCGAGCACAUAUCGAGGCUCGUGGCUCUUGGUUUCGCUCAGGAUGCGGUGAUCCGGGCUCUCGGUAUUACGAGGAACGACCUCGAAAUGGCCUGUGAUAUCCUUCACGAGUUUGCCCAGAAGUCUUCCUGACCCGCAACAGAAACAAACGACGACGACACGUGACCCCCGUUGCCCGCCAGGCGGUACUUUUGACGAGGAAGUCGAAUCCGGAAGAACCGGAAUAACCGACCGCUCGGCAGCUGGAGUAGCUAUAGCAUCUGCGCAGAUGAGCAGGCGGCUAUCGCCGCCGAGUCGGAGCAGUCGUCGACAGCCGUGGCAUCGUCAGCCUCGUAGCAGCAGACCCCGGACGGUCGCGUCCUCGCCGGCCAACAACGCGAUGCACAGGAGCCCGCGACGCAGCAGUGCUCUCUCCCUGUCGCCCCAGGCCGUGAGAAACCGCGACUUGUCGGCUCCGGUGGCUAGAGAGCGAUAGAACGAGGCCUAAAAAUUGGACGACAUUGUGGUAUAGAGGACGACGAUGACGAUAACGGCACAGCGCGGGGGUUGCGAUCUAAUUAGUUCAUAAGUUAAUGCAUAAGUAUUGUGUAUAAAGUGAUGUGACUAGACUUGUAGGUAUCGCUCGAGCGCUAGAGUGCGCACAAAGUAUAUGUUUCGAUCUACUGAACGUAAAGUAUGCUUCAGAUAGAUCGAUGAACAUUCAAGUUAUUGGAUGUACUUCACUUGAUAUUGGGAACGUAAUGUUGUGCAUCGAGCACGCAGAUGUGUUUGAUGAAUUCAUAUAUUAUAUCCAAAUAACGUUAGUGUCUAUUAAUCUGAUAAUCAAAUGAUAGAUUCGUUUAUGUAAUUAACGUCUUUAUUCUAAAAUUAACGUCACUUUGAAUUGAGAUACAAGACAAGAAGGCAAAACACCAAUUCAAUUGACAAAUUAUCACAAAUAAUUUGUAAAAACGAUUAUAUUAGAUUACGAUAAAAAGGGAACAUCAUACACAAUUAGAUUAUUUCUAAAGUGUCGCUAGGAUACAAUUAUUUAUUUUUACAGAUAUAGAAAUCAUUUCUGUGAUAUCUGGUAAUCAACAAUUAGCAAUUGCUAGCUAGCUUGUGUUAGCCUCCGAUCGUUGAGACGAACGAUUUUCCAUGUAUUCAAUGCGAACAAUCAUUUCAUUUUUAUAAUGCACAUAACAAUUUUUAUCGGACGGAUCAUAGUUGUAAAGAAAUAAUUUUAAAUUAUAAAUGGCUCUUUUAACGUGACGUAAGUUAAAAGUUGAAUUCUUUAUUCGAAUAUGCGAAAAUGUAUUUUAUUGUGUAAAUAAAUACACCUCCAUUUGUAAAUUAUUUAGAAAUACUUGAUUGGCAUUGUUAAUAAAAAGCAUUUUAUUUAUCAAUCUUUCAAAAAUGAAUAAUUUUGUGGGAUUUCUAACCACGUUUGUAACCUGCAUUCCAGGGAUCAUUUUGUAAUACUUAAUGAUAUAUAAGUGAAUGUUUUUUUCUAAGUAUAUCAUUACGACUUAUUUAUUGUAUUGAACAAAUUGUGAUAUUUGAUUUUAAAUUGUAUAUAAUUUCGUAAUUUUUUAGGAUAAGCCUUUGGCAAAGAUUUUAAGAUUAGCAUAUUUUCAAAUUAGAUCAUUUCCUAUAAAUUGUAAACGUAAACAAUCAUUUCAUCAUUUCCUGAGCCCUAGUACAAAAAUAUUUUAUCUUCUCUAUAGUUGUAUUAAUAUUAAUUUAAAAAUAAAUAAGUAGGAAUAUUAAAUUGUAAUGAAAAUGUUGUGCACUGGAAAAUGUUGAACAAUGCAAAAAUUUGAAUAUUUUUUUAGUAGGCAGUGGAAUUUCUUCUGAUUCUGAUGAAUGCAUUACGUGAUUUUGAAAUUUCACAAACCUAACUUAACAUCAAUAAUAUAAGUAAAUUAUGUUUUGGGAGAGUUAAUAACAGGGCUGCACAAGGGAAAAUUUCACAUCAACUUUCAGUUUCGUUUCAAUCAUUCAUGACUGAUAUUACAUACAGAUUAAUUAGUUGUAUAAUAGCUUGUGUCAAAUCUUUUACUGAUUGCUAGAUACUGAAGGACUGUAAAUAAAAGCGAUGUCGUAAGUACUAAUUGGUAAAAUCUUUUCACGAAGCAUAUUAAGUUUUUUACGAACAAAGAUUUGAUUAAAAAUACGACAAUCUUGAAUUAAAGUAUGAACGUGAGUGACAUGAGUCAAGACUAUAACAAUGAUUUAAUAUUCUACCAAGUAAAGUGUACCAAGAUCAGAAAAUUAUAAUCUUAUAUACUGUAGAUGAUUUCAAUUUAUAAUUAUCGUGGAGGUGACUUGUAUCAUAUUCAACCAGAUAGUUAACAAAACAGCCAAUGCCUCUAUUAAUUAAAUUAGUUAAAAUAUUACAUUCAUGAUAGGAAAAUGAUUCAGACUCUUCAAUAAAAAUGUUUAUAUCGAUAAAGCAUGUUGUAAAGUGAAAAAAAAAUGAGUGAUGAAUUAAACUUUAGCUUGUGUGACAUAUUAAAAUAUACAUACAGAUACGAUUUAUAAAAAUGAGCACAAUGCACAGAAAAAAAAACAAAUAGUACCUCUUAAUGUAAGCAUAAGUAGUUUCUGUUUAUAGCUCACAAAGCCUUAAGAAUUUCAUGCAAUUUAAUUUAGUUCUAAAUUUUAAUGGAAACAAAUUUGCAUUUCGAUGGUAGCGUAUUCAAAAUCAUUGUUGUUCGAUAAUAACAUGUAUAGAUAUUGAAAUUAUAAUUCGUUCGGUAAUAGAUUUGGAAUUCUUGGCUUGUGUGUCAGAAUCAGUAAGCGUACACAUUAACGUCCUAUUUUUCUACAUUGAACAAUACCGUUUCUCUUUACAGUAGUAUUGUUCGCGUUAUACAUGCGUUACAUGUGAAACUGAAUAUAUUAAACGAAGAAAACAAAAAAAAUAGAUUAAAAAAAGAUUCAAAGUGGAAGUGAUUUUAAGGGGGAAAAAUAUAAAAAUAGUUAUAUUCUACGAUAAAUAGUUAAUUAGUGUAAGUAAUGAUUAAAAAAAAACAUUACCCAUGUCGUGCAAUACACAGCGUGAACCCCUCUAUAAUUUUAAUUUCAUCUGUAUAAAUUAUUUUAUGUAUAUUCUCGAGAAUAAAAACAGCUCAUUUACAAAUCAA